CCUGUUAACUUUCGAGUAUAAAUAAUCGAAAGAAUUCUUUAAUUGGAGCAUAAAAGUUUUUGCAUUCUAAAUAAUCACACUAAAACUAGGUGAUCUAUUUAUUUCUUAAUUUCUUUUUUCCCCAAUCAAGAACAAAAUCCAAUAAAUUUAUUCAACAUGAAGUUCGCAAUUGUCGUAGUCAUGUUAGCUAUUGCCGGAGUUCAAUCAUCAAUUGUACCAUGGCCAUUAGCAGCACACUCAUGGGCACAUGGACCAGUUUUAGCCCAUCAUGGACCCGUAUUAGCACAUAGUGCUGUUGCUGUACAUCCAGCUGGUAUUGCUUUGGCACAAGGACCAAUCUUAGGUCAUCAUGGUAUUGCUGUAGCACAUCAUGCACCAGCUGCUGUUGCUGUACACCAUGCACCAGCAGCUGUCGCUGUACAUCAUGCAGCUGCACCAGCUAUUGCUUUACAUGCAGCAGCACCAGCACAUGCUGUUGCUAUUGCAGCUCAUCAUGGACAUGAUGGUCAAUAUGUUGCUAAAACACGUGGUGCAGUACAUAGUGCUCCAUUAUCUGGUCAUAUCGCUUCAGUUUCAUCAGUAAAUGUUGCUCCAGCUCCAGGAACUCAUUAAGAAAAUAUUGAAAUUUAAAUUUUAAUUUCAAAUUUUCUAUUCCUAGAACAAAAACAAAACUAAAUUUUCAUCAAUAUUUUAUUUGGACAAAUUCAAUAAUGCUACUCUGAUUAAUGAAUGCGUGUGAUCUAAGUCGAUAUUUUUUUUUUUUUGAAUAUUUUUAUAAAUGUGUAUAUAUGUAUAAAAAAAUUUAUAUUUUAUUAUAUUUAUAGAUUAAUGAAAAAAAAUGUAAAAAAAAAAAUUAGAAAACAAUUAAAAUGAACUUCGGUUCCUCGAACCCUCCCCUUCCUUAACUCUAUAUAGCACUUUUCCAAUUUCUCUGCAGCACUUUUUCUUCUUUAUUUAUUCUGUAUACUUUUUUAAAUCUUUUUAAGAAAAUCAAAUUGUGUUCAUAAAAAAUAAAUAAAAAAGCUUUUUAUUUAUUAGAAAA